AUGAAUUUUAUGAUUUCGCUGCCGUAUCAACAGAAGUUGUCUACAAAAACGCCAAUCCGGAAUACAACUUCACGAGAGUUUGGACCUUAUCGAAUGGUCCAGAGCUUACUGCAUAUCUACGUGUCGCUGUAUGUGUUCGUGAUCAGUAAUUCUUUUUUGCUUUUCCGCUAUUAA